GGAAGAAAAGUCGAGGUUUAAACAUGGCGGCCGAGCUUUCUGAAGUAAAUGCCCUUCAUUAUCUAUAUGCCCAUCUCUUGUCCUGUCGAUUCUUGUAUUUUGGUCAAUUUACUGCAUUAAUUUGUUGGAUAUUUCUUCUGACAUUCAGAGAAAUUAUUUGUUCGUCCAAUUCAAUGGCUGUGAAGUGCCGAGCGUCUUGACUAUCUGGACUCAAUGGAAAUGCUAGGAGGUAUGUACUGCACGUGGAUUUUUCUUGUCAACCGGUCGCUUAACUCUGAUGUUACUCACCGGCGGAAAAGGUCUCGGAGCCCAUGGACAUGUGGACGGAUUAGACUUCAUGAAUUAUCCCCCUCAGAACGGGAUCCCUCAGGAAUCCAAGCUGCUGACGUAUCUUGGGGGUCGUGGCGGUAUUCCUGAAGAUGGGAUGUCCAAAAUUUUACCGUCUAUGGCAGUUGAUGACAAAAAGUCUGCCACGCAGAGCCCAUACCUUCAGCGAUCUAUGACGCCGCAAUCAUCGCUUACGCAUAGUGUAUCGACGCCAUCAUUUGCAUCUGCUUAUCAACGAGGAUUUUCGAUUGAUGGAUCUCUUUUAAGAAAUGGCGUUGAUCAUGCUUCGAGUUUUCCACCCUUGCCAAAUGUGGGCACGUCUGCGAUGUCGAUGAAUUUACCAGGAUCUGCGUCUGUGACGAGCUCCGGCCGUUUCACGCCAUCACCAUCAAUGCCUGGGAUCAUGUCUCCUACUCGUAUUACUCCUCAACAUUCUCCUCCUAAUUCGCGUCGGCGGUCUCCGUCACGCACGACGGAAGCAUCAUCUCUUUACCACGAAAAUGUGAACGGAACUACUUACUUCUACACUCAACCAGCAAAUGGGAGUGUUACGGGACUUGAGGAGGAUAUGUCCGGGGUUACUUUAAAUGGCGUGCAUCCUCCAGGAAAUUCUCGCUUUGGCGUAACAACGAAUGAAGUGCCAGGUGUAAUCUUGCCUGAUUAUCACAUGUUCCCGGGGCAGCCAGCGCACAUAAAUCUCAUGCAGCCGAAAGCGAAUACGCCUAGUUUUUUCAUGCCCGACGAGUUGCGUGCAGCUCUACUUCGUCAAAACCAGUUACGACUUGCUCGAGCUGAUCCGGAAGUGUAUCCAAGUAUACAUUUUCUUCAUCCCUCUUUCAUAGAUCUUGUGCACGAGGUUGAUAAAUACCACGACUUGUGCCCCCUUGAACCGUUGCCGUCUUCGCCUCAUCACAAAUCAAUCGUCUUUGGAUGCGUAACUUCCGUGUACAAAGCCACAAGUUCGAAGUCAGGAGAACAAUUUACCCUGCGUCGCGUUCACGGAUAUCGUCUCACGAGCAACAUGAACAUGAAAACUGUUCAGGCAUGGAGGGACUUGCAGCAUUCCAAUAUUGUUCAGUUUCGAGAGGUGUUUACCACGAAAACGUUUGGUGAUAAUUGUGAGUUUUGGUUGGGAAAGCCGCUGGUUUUGGUUUAUGAUUACCAUCCUGGAGCUGAAACUUUGCAAAGCCGACAUUUCAGCGGUGGUAUGUCAUCGUCGACGGUCUCGUCAGGUGGAAGUAAUCCCUUUAUCGGGGCUUCUGAGGGUGGAAUGACUGCAGCUGGAAGAUCGUUUGGUCAGCAAGGAAAAGCCCCGAAUUUGCGUCAGCACUCGGGAUUAUUGCCGGAAAGCUUGAUCUGGAAUUAUGUGAUCUACAUAUCUUCCGCCUUGAGGACUAUCCAUGCGGCUGGUUUGGCUUUUCGUUCUCUACAUCCUUCGAAAAUUCUCAUCACCCACAAAUCACGUGUGAGGCUUAGUUGCGGAGGAAUGGCGGAUCUGAUUUCUCCGGCAGAAUCAGCCAGUGCAAUACACGCUUUUCAGCAAGAAGAUUUGAUGGCUCUGGGUAAACUCAUUUUGGCGCUUGCUUGUAAUACUCUCAUGGUGUUGCAAUCGAGAGAGAGUAUGCAUACGUCAAUGGAUAUUGUGACGAGAAAUUAUUCCGUGGAUUUGAGGAACCUCAUCACCUACUUACUUGCGACUCAACGAACGAAAGCUGUAAUUGAUAUCAUGCCAAUGAUCGGUGCUCGUUUCUAUACGCAAUUGGAUUCGAGUACCCUUCGUGGAGAUGUGAUCGAGGCGGAAUUAGCAAAAGAAGUGGAGAACGGAAGAUUAUUCCGGCUGAUAUCAAAACUUUGCACGAUCAUCGAGCGGGCCGAUUUAAACAUGGAUAUGAAUUGGAGCGAAACUGGAGACAGGUACAUGCUGAAGCUCUUCAGAGAUUACAUAUUUCAUCAAGUUACGGAAGAGGGUCAACCAUGGCUGGAUUUGUCUCAUGUCGUCUAUUGUCUGAAUCGCCUGGAAGCUGGGUCCAAUGAAAAGAUUGCAUUGAUGUCACGAGAUGAGCAAAAUAUACUUGUGGUCUCCUACACGGAGCUGAAACAUUGUAUGGAGCAGGCUUGGCAAGAAAUCGAAGCAUCUGCAACGAAUCCUGCGGAAGGGGGCGCCUUGCCACGCCCAGGUCCUGGCCGCUCAGACUUGGCUCACACCGUCCCCGCACAAAGUGCCAAUGAUGCCGAUCACUCCGUAGGAGAUCCAACGGGCCUAGGUGACCCCCGCUUGCUGCAGCGCGCAAUCGGUCAUGUGCUAGACUCGUAAAUGUAACGGAAGAACGUGGUUCCAGCUGUCAUCGGCGUUGUGUUAGCCUGUUUUUUUUCCAUGGCCUCAACGUGUUGAUCUCCGCGCUCCGAACUGGGGGGAGCAGACAUUUAUAUUUUUUCUGAGAGGCUCUUCCCUGUGAAGGCAGAGCGAGGUUUUCAAAAAAUGCCUUCCUCGUCGUGAGAAACUCCAGUGUGGCAAUUUUGUUGAAAAAAAAGAGGAGUGUCAUGGACCGGGGACGUCUUGUGCCCUUUUGAGAAAGUCUGUCGGCCGUGAGUAGAUCUUGAUUGAUAGACGGUAUGAGAUCCGUUGCAGGCAUUGACGAUACGUGGGUUCAGAUCGACAAAGCCGCAUCUGCUUUAUUGUGAUAAGGGAUUAGGUGUUCGCGCCCAUUUUCUAAAUGAGAAAGACCUUCCGUGCGAUUUUUACUCGGUGGAGCUCGCUUUGAACUUGGAUCUGAUUCCCGAUCUUUUGAGAGUAGAACAUGGCGGUUGGUUGGCAAGUCAACCUGUGGCUUUGUUCUUUUCAUUCGCAAGUCCGCAAGAACUAGGCUGAACAUGCAACUGCUUAUCCUGCAAAACGGCCUGACGGUCUUGAUCCUGUGCUUCGUUUAGGCACACUCGAAUAUUUUUUUAAACAUCUUGAGCAACAAACUUCCGCUGGAAGUAAAGCGGGUAUGGAUUUUAUCUCGGCGGAAUUUGUGGAAGGACCGAAUUUUAAAUUUCAAACCCCCUUUCCUUGUAGAAAACCUCGAUGAGCUUGUCGAGAGCUUUCUUGCCGAAAGUAUUUCUGCAUCCAACGAAAUCAUGGCAUUCGGUUUGAGUUUCUCUUCGCUUUGGUUGGAUCUCUGGUUCGCGCGCCGAUCUGAUGAUUCAACGGAAGAGUUACGCAAUAAUUGAGAUGCUGACGGUUCAGCUCAAUAAGUCUUUCCACAUGGAUAGUCGACAUGAGGUAUUCGUUCGCGGUUUUUAGUCCUUUUUCUAUCUCGCUUGAUGCGUGAAGUUAACGAUGCUCGUGAUCCGUUCAAACGAUUUUAUUUUUCUUUAUUUUGCCAAAAUCUGCGCUCAGGUUGUUCAUGACGAGAGGAUUUAUUUCUCGGGAGAUAAUCCAAUUCCAGUGAGUUGCAGUACAAAGACGAGGAAAAAAUUAUUCAGGGGAAGCGAGAGUUGAAAACUGGUGAUCGAGGAGUUUUUUUUUUGUGCUCGUCUGUUUAUGUUUUUUCCAAUCGAAAGUUUAUUGUGAAGCUUGAAAGGCGAUUUCUGUUGCGGCUCAUGGCUGAGAAAAAAAAGAUCCCGGUACUUCACAAACGGGAAAUGAUCGCACUUCGUGCUCGGAUGACCGUACGCACACGUAUCAACUGCAAUGUCCCACCCAAGACGACUCGCGCUUGUAAAUCUGUCGGUUGCGUUUUGGGGGAACCGUCAUGAUAUGCGAUAGUGACUUCGAAAAUCCAAUCCGAAUUUCCGAGUUCUUCCAGAGCAGAAGCAACCUUCUCGUGAAUGAGUGUGAUUGUGUUGUGAUUGUUUUAAUUUCGUUUUGUCACCGCCUACGACGAUGUCGACCGCGGCAUGUGAAGAAAAGAGGGGCCUGAACAGUUACUGAAAAAAUUUAAACGACUGGCUUCUCCGGGUAAAUUGCGUAACGUUUGGGUUCCCCAAAUCCAGCGAGGGUGAGGGAUUUAGUGGCGCUGUGGAAGCAAUUGAGCCAAAUGUUUUCGGGUUGUUAACUCGGGUCGCCGACCAGAAGUUCGCCCCGCCGCAUUGUUUGCUCUGGAUUGAUAAGCGUUCGAAAUCAAAUGGAUUUGUUUUUAGCCAAGUACGAGGUUGCGGAUCGUCAGCAUCGGUCAAACGGUCUGGUUAAUUUCUUACGUGCGUUUUUACUGUUUUAACUGAAUCGAGUUAUCUUUCUUCCGGUGGAUUUUUUCCUCUCGGUUGGAACGCCGUUCUCUUGGGAGUAUUUUCAAGAUAAUGCUCACGGAAUGUCGCAUGAACCGUUCCAAUCUUCGACCAGACUCAUGGAGAAAUUGGUUCUUGCGAGUGCUACUUUGUUGUGUAUCCGGACGUGUAUCUGUUCAGUGUGGUACGAUCGUUCGAUGGAAAUAAGGGCCGCUUGAGAAAUCAAUAAAGAUAUCUUCGAAGUGA